AUGGCUACUGCCUAUGCAGUGGCAAGGUUGUAUGCUGCCGCUGAAGCAUAUGUUGAAGCCUUGGAGAAGUCAGUUAGGGGAGAAGCAGUUAGAGAAAACUUGGGGCUUAGUGAAAGAACUCCCCCUGUUAGGUCUAAAAGUAGCGUGCUGGCAGUUGAAGCGUUUGGUAGAAUCGGACAACUCAACCGAGCUGAAGAACUUUGGUUAGAGAUGAAGUCAGUAAAGGGGCUGAAAACCACUGAGCAGUUCAAUUCUAUGAUAUCUGUCUAUUCCAAGCAUUGCCUUAUUGAUAAAGCAUCCAAGGUUUUCCGGGAGAUAAAGACGGUUGGCUGCCAACCAAAUGCCAUAACUUUCCGGCAUCUUGCUUUGGGUUGCUUAAAAGCAGGACUGGUAGAGGAAGCCAUUAAGACUCUAGAGUUGGGGAUGAGUUCGAUGAUGAGCAACGUGGUGAGGAAUUCUACCCCAUGGUUGGAGACCACUCCUUCGAUAAUCUCGGGUUUUGCCGAGAAGGGUGAUGUAGGGAAUGCUGAGAAGUUGUUUGAUGAACUUGCAAUAGCCAAGUAUUCAAGACAUACUUUCGUAUACAACACUUUGAUUAAGGCUUAUGUGAAAGCCAAAGUUUAUGAUUCAAACCCUUUGAAGAGGAUGAUUCUCGGAGGAGCCAGGCCGGACGCAGAAACCUGUAGUCUGAUGAAACUUGCCGAGCAGUUUCAAGCCUGA